CGCUCGGCGCCGGGCGCGGCCGCUCCCCCGUGCCCGCGGCGCUCCCUGUUCCGCGGGCGCAGCGCACCCGGUGCCGCGCACAGCCAGCCCCGCGGCGCAGCGCGGCCCCCCGGCGGCCCGGGGCGGUGCGCGGCGGCGGCGGCGGAGCCAUGCUGUCGAGGAAGGGGAUCAUCCCCGAGGAGUACGUGCUGACCCGGCUGGCCGAGGAUGUGCCGGAUCACGCCCGGUACCGCGCGCGGGAGAGGCGGGCGCGCUUCGUGGGCAAGAACGGCGCCUGCAAUGUGGCCCAUAAGAACAUCCGCGAGCAGGGGCGCUUCCUGCAGGAUGUCUUCACCACCCUGGUGGACCUCAAGUGGCCGCACACGCUGCUCAUCUUCACCAUGUCCUUCCUGUGCAGCUGGCUGCUCUUCGGCAUGGUCUGGUGGCUCAUCGCCUUCGCGCACGGGGACCUGGACCACAGCACCCGGCUGCAGCGGGAGCCCGCGGAGGGGACGGCGGGGUCCGCGGCCGGCUUCGUGCCCUGCGUGACCAGCAUCCACUCCUUCACCUCCGCCUUCCUCUUCUCCAUCGAGGUGCAGGUGACCAUCGGCUUCGGGGGGCGCAUGGUGACGGAGGAGUGCCCGGCCGCCAUCCUGGUGCUGAUCGUGCAGAACAUCGUGGGGCUGGUGAUCAACGCCAUCAUGCUGGGCUGCAUCUUCAUGAAGACGUCGCAGGCCCACCGGCGGGCCGAGACCCUCAUCUUCAGCAAGCACGCGGUCAUCGCCCUGCGCGAGGGCCGGCUCUGCUUCAUGCUGCGCGUGGGCGACCUCCGCAAGAGCAUGAUCAUCAGUGCCACCAUCCGCAUGCAGGUGGUGAAGAAGACGGCCAGCCUGGAGGGCGAGGUGGUGCCCCUCAACCAGAUCGACAUCCAGAUGGAGAACCCCGUGGGGGGCAACAGCAUCUUCCUCGUCUCCCCGCUCAUCAUCUACCACGUGAUAGACAAGAACAGCCCCCUCUACGACAUCUCCCCCAUGAACCUGCACCACCACGAGGACCUGGAGAUCAUCGUCAUCUUGGAAGGGGUGGUGGAGACCACCGGCAUCACCACCCAGGCCAGAACCUCCUACCUGGCGGACGAAAUCCUCUGGGGCCAAAGGUUUGUGCCCAUCGUGGCGGAGGAAGACGGGCGAUACUCGGUGGACUACUCCAAAUUUGGCAACACGGUGAAAGUGCCCACCCCCUCGUGCACUGCCAGGCAGCUGGAGGAGGACAAGAGCAUUAUGGACACCAUGCCACUGUCCCCGAAAGGCACAAUUAGGAAAAGGUCUGUCAAGCUAAAGCCCAAGUUUACCAUAAGCGAAGAGCCUUCCUGAUGCCUUCUGACUGGGAAACUCUGUUAGGGCUUUGUGUCUGAAAGAUCUCAUGAACUCAAAACACUGAGGUGGCCUCUUACUUUUUUUUAAAAUUCAGGUUGGUAGCACAAGGUAUGUUCUGGUGUUAUUUAUUGCGGGGAAAUCUAAAGCUAAUUAUAUUUUUUUAAGGGUGUGAGAGAUUUCGAGCAGAACUGGGAGUAGGAAAAAUCAUGGUCUGCAGCUUUAAAUUUCAAUUCAGACUAUUUAAUCGCACGAUCAUUCUGCCUUGAUUCUACUGCAGGUAAUGAGACAUUUUCUCAAAAAAUAAAUGUAUAUUUAUCCUCAGAGAUUGCAGGUUUUAUAGGGUCUUGCAGUGUUUGCAAGUCAGUAGUUUUUAACUGGUUUUUUUCCUAACUUGAACAAUCAAUAUAGCAAAAUAAAAUAUUAAUAAUUAAUAAAGUAGGCUGGAUUUACAUGGUAAAAAAAGGGUCAGGCAAUGACACAAGAGCAGAUCUGGAAGUGUCUCUAUAUUAUACUGUGUGUCUCAAAGAAAUUAACUGCUGGAUUUGCAUCAUCCAUAUUGUGUUGUAUGGAGCCACUCCUACCACAUGCAGUAUGAAAUGUAUUUGAAUACUUACUUUUGUUUAUUUUAAAAGCCUUUACACUUCCACAAUAAAACAUUCAGGAAUA